AUUUAAGCAAUAUGAUUAUUUGCUCUAGUUUGUAAUCCUUGACCUGCCGGGUCGGGCUGGAACCGCCGUACCGGCCCGUUGGCCGUAUCGCAGAAGUAAAAGCGAUGCGCUCUGGUCCACUACUCCACUCCACACUCAACACACACACACUCUCUCGCCCCGCCGCCGCUAACACGUCCGCGGUCCACCGCCGCCGCGUUUCCGAAUUUCGGCACACCGUCUUAUUUACACAUAAACAAGAGCUAGUUGUUGAUAGUGGUUUCCAGUUUCCACCAUACUUAGCCGAUCUUACUAUGUCCGACAAAAUCACAUUCUCUUUGUCAGCUCUGAUAGAUAAAGAGAGCAAGAAAGUAAUAUUUGCCGAAGCAGACAACGAUCUCAUAGACAUUCUGUUAAGCUUCUUGACCCUGCCACUGGGAAGGAUUUUGAUGGUUCUCAAUAAUCGGCAAAACGAGAAAAAAGCACCUGUAAUCGGGAGCUUAACUACAUUGUACAAUGGGUUACUCGAUUCUGUACAUCGCCAUCUCAAGUGGGAUUCUAAGGGUGACAACAGUCUAGCAGCAGAAUAUAAGUUGAAGCUCCGAGUUGGUUACACCACGCCACCAGGGAUGAACAAGAUUCCAAAGGAUGUUAAUAAGAGACCUCGAACUGCAGAUCUGUCAAUGGACGAUCCUUUUGCAGAUGAUAGAGGUUUUACGGUAAAAUCAACCCGUUUCAGAAUUACGGAUGAUCUGAAGAUUGCGCCUUUUGUGCCAGGAUCCAUUCUACAAAGCUUAACAGAUGUUGGCAUUACAGAGACAGACAAGGCCGAGCUAAGGACCUUGACUCUCGGAUACUAUGAGGUUAUAGAUUUACUUGAGGGGUCUUUACUCUCCAAAACUCCUCUAACAGACCUGAUUUUCCGUGAUGAACGAUGCAAAAGGGAUUGUUUUAUGUGUCUAGAGAAAAUAUCACAGCAAGUACAUCAGGAGGUAAAGGAAAAAAACCCAUCAAAAUCCAGCAUGACCGUGAAAGCCAUGAUACAGAAAUCAACUAACAAGAUAUUGUUUGUUGAGGCUGGUUGUGAUUUCGUAAAUUUUAUCUCUGAUUUCCUCUUCAUCCCAUUAGGAUGCAUUGUGCGCUACUUGGGCAAUAAUACUGGUCUCCACAGUAUAGACAGUUUGUACAGAAGCAUAUCAAAUAUCGAUGGUGAUAAAUAUUUCAAUAACGAUUAUACAGAAAUAAAACCCAUGUUGCUGAAAGAUUGGUCUUCAUUUAGAUUCCCCAACGGAGUUAGAGUUGUAAAGCAAAAUACAAUGUACAAUGUAACUGAUGAUCUAACAGUCACGCCUUUCAGCAUUACCUCCAGCUUCUCUAUUCUAAGCCGGCUUAAAAUCCCUUUAUCCGAUGUAGAUGAGGUGGACCUUGUGGUGGGCCCGGAUGAGGGUUUAAGAAUCUUGAAGGCAUCUCUUACAUCAACCAGUGCUCUUACGGAUGCCCUAAUGAAUUCCACUGAAAGGCCGGGCCGGGCCAGGAAUCGGUGCGUCGGACACGAGACCGGCGGGUCGGGCCAGUCGGCCAUGCUCUCAAGUCUCAAGUCUCAAGUCGUAGAAGUAAAAAGCUAUGCAAUCCUGUCCACACCCAACACUCUCUCAGUGGAAUGCCCCUCCGCCGUUAACACCUCAGCAGUCCGCCGCCGACUCCGCCGCGUUUCGGGCACACCAUCUUUGUUUAUGCAUAAGGUAGGCCUCUAAAUCGUGUCCUCUUGCAUCCGUCGGAUUAAAGUUUCAUUCCAGGGACUGAAAGAUGUCCGACGCUAGCGAAAUCACGUUCUCUUUGACAGCUCUGAUAGAUAAAAAGAGCAAAAAAGUAAUAUUAGCCGAAGCAGACAAUGAUUUCAUAGAUAUUCUGUUAAGCUUCCUGACCUUGCCGUUGGGAACGAUUAUGAAGGUUCUUAGUCCGGAAAAUGGGGAAAUGGCCACAACUGUAAUUGGGAGCUUAACUACCUUGUACAAGGGGCUAUCUGAUUUGAACGAUUACCAUUUUUGGAAAGGGAAUUUUAAGCCUCAAGUGAUUAAUCCACAAAGAUCCCAAAUUCGUGGAGUUAAGUUGAAGCUCAGCAUGCCAAUGACAGACGUGAUUCCAGAGGAUGUGAAUUCUAGAAACAAGAGUAAGAGACCUCGAACUGCGCCUUUUGGAAGUGAUGGAGAUGAUGAAGGUUUUACAGUAAAAUCUGUCUUUCAUGAUUUCGGAUGAUCUGAAGAUUGUGCCUGUUGAGCCAGGAUAUGUUCGACAAACCCUAACAAAUGUUGGCGUUACAGAUAUGGACAAGGCCGAGAUAAGAACCUUGACUCUCGGAUACUAUGAGAUUAUAGAUUUACUCGAGCUGUCUUUACUCUCCAAAACUCCUCUGACAGACCUGAUUUUCCAUGAAGAACGAUGCGUAAGGGAUUGCUCAGCGUGUCUAGAAAAAAUAUCACAGCAAUUACUGCAGCAGGUAAUGAUAGAAAAAUCACCAGAAGCCAGCUCUAAGAAAAUGACCGUGAAAGCUGUGAUACAGAUAUCAACUAACAAGAUAUUGUUUGUUGAGGCUGGGGAUGAUUUCCUAGAUUUUCUCUGUAGUUUCCUCAUAACCCCAUUGGGGGCACUUGAGUGCCUUUUUGGUGGUAAUACAGGUCUCCACAGUAUAGACAGUUUGUAUGGAAGCAUAUCAAAUAUCGAUGGUGAUAAAUAUUUCAGGAAAAAAGAUAUUAAAUCCAUGUUGCUGAAACCUCAGAUGUUCUCAGGUUAUGCCUUCCAAAAUAAUUUCCUUCACUUUGUUGAGAAAGGUUCAUCUUCAUUUAGAAGCUUUGGCCAAGAAAAAUUUGUUAAGGAGAACACAAUGUACAAUGUAACUGAUGAUCUAACAGUCACACCUUUCAACAUGGCCUCCAGCUUCUCUGUACUAAGCCGGCUUAAAAUACCUUUAUCUGAUUUGGAUGAGGUAGAGCUUGUGGUGGGUCUGGAUGAGGCUUUAAGAAUCUUGAAGGCAUCUCUUACGUCAACUAGUGCUCUAACAGAUGGCAUAAUGAUGUCCAUCUGAAAGAGAAAACCAAGAACAUCAAGACUGGCCAUUGUGUGCUCGUGCAAUUGUUGAUUUGAGUAGGUUCACUCGGUUUGCAAGUGUAACAUGUAAUGUUUUGACUGCUGUGUUAUUUGUAGUUUGUAAGCAGGAUGUUAAUGCUUAAUGUUGAGGAUAAGAAUCUUUGACAUGGUUCGGGUAAAGGAUUCAGCUUUUGUAAGGAUGCUUAGUUAUCUUUUUGUGCAAAUCUUGAUUUGAAUGC